CCACCCCAUCGCAAUUCGCAAUACCUAUCCAUCAUCUCAGCCAGAGCCAGGUAUACUUUCGGGAGACACACAGCUAGCUUAGCUUAGCUUAGUCCAUCUGCCGCCGGGAGACGGCGACGGCGAUGGCGGCGGCGGGAGGAGGAGGAGGGGCGGCGCCGUUCGUGUGGAAGACGUACAGGAUGGUGGAGGACCCGGGGACGGACGGGGUGAUCGGGUGGGGGAAGGGGAACAACAGCUUCGUCGUCGCCGACCCCUUCGUCUUCUCGCAGACGCUGCUGCCGGCGCACUUCAAGCACAACAACUUCUCCAGCUUCGUCCGCCAGCUCAACACCUAUGGCUUCCGCAAGGUGGACCCGGACCGGUGGGAGUUCGCUCACGCGUCGUUCCUGCGUGGCCAGACCCACCUCCUCCGCAACAUCGUCCGACGCGGCAGCGCGGCCGCGGGCGGGGGAGGCGCCGGCAAGCGCAGGGACGCGUCGGCGUUGGAUGGCAGCGGCGGCGACGACGACAUGACGAUGGUGGCGACGGAGGUGGUCCGGCUGAAACAGGAGCAGCGCACCAUCGACGACAGGGUGGCGGCGAUGUGGCGCCGCGUGCAGGAGACGGAGCGCAGGCCCAAGCAGAUGCUGGCGUUCCUCCUCAAGGUCGUCGGCGACCGCGACAGGCUGCACCGCCUCGUCGGCGCGGGCGGCAACGGCGCCUCCCCCGCCGCGGCCGUCGACGACGGGUUCGCGGGUGCCGCCUCGCCCGUGGAGGGCGGCGAGAAGCGCGCGAGGCUGCUGCUCGACGGCGACCUGCAGGUCGGUCACAACGCCGCCUCCGUCGCGUUCGGCCCGGACGCCGUCGACUUCGCCGGGUUCUACACCGGCGCCGACAUGUUCCCCGACAUGCCCGUGGAUGCAGCCGCCGCGCCAGCCGGCUGCUCGUUCGCUUUCGGAGUGGACAGCGGCUACUGAUCAACUCACCCAUCCACGGACUGACACAUGCGUCGGCCGCCGCCGCGAACUGCUCUCAUUUUCCGGCUGGUUACGCCGAACUAUUGGCGCCCCAUGCGUCUCCGCUCGCCGUCGCGCUGUCGCCGCCGUGUGCUGCUGGGAUGGUGAUGUGGCACGACAUGUAUCCAUGGCGUCGCUUUUUCGAUGGGUGCUUGCUUGCUUGGUCACAUGUUUGCAAAUUGCAAUGCUGCGGCGAUGCUUAAUAAGAUGUGCUAUAUAUGUGUGUAUCUAUGGAGUACUUGUGUUGCUGUAGGGAGUGAUGGCAAUGGCCUCUCUAAAGGCUCUUAACUAGUGCUGUUGUGUACAUACGCAUAUGCAUGAUUGUAAUGGUCGGGUCAGCCCUUAAUUUCAUGUAAAUUACCUUACAUGUUGCAGUGUUAAGAAUUUUGGAGAUGGGAUGGCAUAAUUAAAAUCUUUAGAAGUAUA